GUUUGGUUCCGGGCUGGCCUGUUAUUAUUUUAAGUGGCAGGUUGAAAAUCGGUCCAUUCAGACAUGAACAUGUACGCUGUGCCCAGCCCGGGAAUACCAGGCUGCCCGCCGGGGUUAGAGUACCUCACUCAGGUGGAUCAGCUGCUCAUCAAACAGAAAGUGGAGCUGGUUGAAGCUCUUGUUGGAUUCGAAAGUAACAACAAGUACGAAGUCCGUAACAGCGUGGGCCAGAACGUGUUCUACGCCGUGGAGGAGAACGACUGCCUGAGCCGGCAGUGCUGUGGCCCGCUGCGCCCCUUCACCAUCCACGUCCUCGACAACUUCGGACAGGAGGUCAUCACCGUCACCAGACCGCUGAAGUGCAUGUCGUGCUUCUUCCCCUGUUGUUUACAAGAGCUGGAGGUGCAGGCCCCCCCUGGAAACACGGUGGGAUACCUGAUGCAGCAGUGGCACCCGUUCUCCCCCAAAUUUAUUGUCGAAAAUGAGCACAGAGAGCCUGUGCUGAAGAUCCACGGGCCGUUCUGCGGCUGGAGCUGCCUUCCAGAUGUUGACUUCGAGAUUGUCACGAUGGACGAAGUCAGUAAGAUCGGCAAAAUCAGCAAGCAGUGGACGGGACUCCUCCGGGAAGCUUUCACGGACUCAGACAACUUCGGCAUCCAGUUCCCCAUGGAUCUGGACGUGAGGAUGAAGGCGGUGAUGAUCGGCGCAUGCUUCCUCAUCGACUUCAUGUUCUUUGAGACGACAAACUAGGAUCCAGACCGGAUUUACGCGAAACAUUCCCGGAAGAACAAGGCCAUGGUGAUCAGUCCCCGACGCCCUCACAUAGAACAGCCUUUACAAAGAUAGUUUCAAGAAAGUACAUCUUAUAAUUUUGCAUGAACAAUAAAAUAGAGGGUGUGUUUUAGUCGUAGCUGCUCAGGUUGGCUGUGGAGUCGUGUCGCUGGGUUGUGAGUGCACGAUGCCGUGUUUUUAGACAAUAUUUGUAAGGAUGGAUGUAUUUGUUUUGUUUUGUU